GUAUUAGAGUGAAAUAGUGAAAUUUAGGGUGUUCUAAAGUAAAAUAGUGCGAGGGCGAGAAAGAGCGGAGAGGCGGGCGGGGGCAGAGCACACAGAGAAGCCGGAGAAAUGGCCGACGAUGACGCCUCCCACCCAUCUUCUCAGUACCGUCGAGAUGCAUUCAAGGCCUCAGUUCAUAAUACUUCUGCACAGCGGAGGCGGCACCUUGCAGUUGCAGUGAGAAAAGAAAAGAGAGAAGCCUUAAUACGGACAAAGCGCUUGUGCCGAGAAGCAUUAUUUGAAGAUAAUAAACUUUCACCAGAAGGUGACAUGAACAUUGAUGAGGAGAAAACAGUUUUGGAUGCUCAAACUUCUCAAAUUGUGGAUGAUCUAAAAUCUGCACUGACAUAUCAUGGAAAAGGAGCUGCACAAAAAAAGGUGGAGACACUACGUGAGCUAAGGUGGUUGUUAUCAAGAUCUGAAGUCCCUCCUGUUAAAGCAGCUCUCCAAGCUGGGGUUAUUCCUCUCCUGGUGCAGUGUUUUGCUUUAGGAUCACCAGAUGAGCAGUUGCUUGAGGCAGCUUGGUGCCUUACUAAUAUAGCUGCUGGGGAGCCCGAAGAAACAAAGUCAUUAAUACCUGCACUUCCUUUGCUUGUAGCUCACAUUGGAGAGAAGAGUUCAGUGCUCAUUGCUGAGCAGUGUGCUUGGGCAUUGGGAAAUGUUGCCGGGGAAGGAGAAGAGCUGAGGAAUAUUUUACUUGCACAAGGAGCUUUACUACCUCUUGCACGUUUAAUGUUGUCUAAUGAAGGUUCUGCUGCAAGGACAGCAGCUUGGGCAUUAUCAAAUCUCAUUAAGGGACCCAAUCCUAAGGCUGCAACAGAACUGAUAGAAAUCAAGGGAGUGUUGGAUGCAAUUGUGCAGCACCUGAGGAAACCGGACGAUGAGUUGGCAACUGAAGUAGCAUGGGUGGUUGUCUAUCUGUCAGCACUUUCAGAAACUGCUAUUGAUUUAAUGUUGAAGAGUGAUGUUGUUCAACUUCUAGUCGUAAAGUUAGCUGCAUCUGAGAGUUUGCAGUUGCUUAUUCCAGUGCUUCGCAGUUUGGGUAAUCUUGUAGCUGCCGAUGGAUAUAUGACGGACAAGGUCCUAAUUGCUGGAAAUAGCAUCGCAGAUCAAACAUUAUUGGGGUUGAUAAAAUGUUUGAAAAGUGAGCAUUGGGUCUUGAAAAAGGAAGCUGCAUGGGUUCUAUCUAACUUAGCAGCUGGGUCUAUCAAGCAUAAGGAGUUGAUCUAUUCCAGUGCGGCAACGCCUUUAUUGAUUCAUCUUCUGUCAAAUGCACCAUUUGAUAUCAGAAAGGAAGCAGCAUAUACUCUCGCAAACCUGUGUGUUGCCCCAUUGAAUGAUGCUGAACAGCCAAGCAUAAUUGUGCAUCACCUGAGUUCGAUCGUCAAGAAUGGAUGCCUUCCUGGCUUUGUGCAUUUGGUUCGAUCUGCGGAUGUUCAAAGUGCAAGACUCGGGCUCCAGUUUUUGGAACUGGUUAUGAGGGGAAUGCCAAACGGCGAAGGCCCAAAGCUGGUCGAGGAGGAGGAUGGCAUCGAUGCAAUGGAACGAUUCCAAUUUCACGAGAACGAAGAGAUCAGGAUCAUGGCUAAUGGUUUGGUAGACAAGUAUUUUGGGGAGGAUUAUGGGCUCGAAGAGUAAGAACCAUUAGAACUACACCUUCCCCUUCACCGACUUUUUUCUUCGGUCCUUCGAUAUGUCUAAAUUUACAAGUUGUGCAUCCAAGCCAGAAUAGUGUUUUUCGAAUUGCUUUGUGAGCUCUAGAGUAAUGCACAGUCGCCAAAAAUAUAACAAGGAAUUGAUCUUGUUGGGGGGUGAAUGAUGAGAUUACCUGUAAUGUUUUGUUUGGUACAGAUUUUAUAGUUAUUAUUAUAUUUGGAUGGAAAAUCAAGAAGGAAAGAAAAAGUUCACGAAGUUAUUAUGAAAUCUAUCAUUUAUGUA